AUGGCAACUGUAUUCGCGACCAACAGCCCAAUGGAAGCCGUUGCCAUUGGGGAUACGAACGAUGUCAAAACACACCAGCUCGUGGUACGUACAAAUUCGGAUGACAUUAUGGCAGCGCAGGCUAGUCCCCAGCCGUCGCCUCGCAUCAAUCUGCCUCCACCGCCGAAUCCUCACUUCGUCUUUCCGGCUCGUCCUUCAGCUUCGUCGGCACCUUCUUCGUUUUCCAAAGCCACGGCCCGACGACGGCCUCAAUCUGCUGUGGAAUUACAGGACGGCAGUCUCGAUUUUGGCACCGCGUCGUUCGAUCGCCCACGACGAUCGCCAGCGCUUCCUGAUUUUAACUUCAAUCCGGGCGCCACACUCAGCCCGAAAACCGUGGGCCGCCUCUCGAAAUCGCCUGCGUUGCCAGACUUCUCGUUCAAUCCUGGCUCAGCAACCGAAUCGGUCACGUCUCUACUGAGCCCACCAAUCUCUCCACAGUCACCAAGAACGAUACCAACCAACAUAGGCCACCGACGGGGCACCAGUGAAUUCGUAGGCGGCAAACUGAAAUCGGGAGAGUCGAUCACAUUGAUGAGUACAAGCCCGACCAAGUCAGAGAGUGGCUUUGCGUCGCCUACAUUAGCGCCGACGACCGCGCCUAGCUCUAGGAGAGGACAUGCUCAUCGGCGCUCUGCUGCAAUCUCGAGUCAUGAUCUUUCAAAGAUACUGCAACCAACUAGUCCAAACCCUUCCAGAGGUAGCAGUGCUCCCGCCAGCCCCGCCGACUUCGACGACAAACCUCGCAUCUUCCCCGAGCCGAGUGGUAGAGAUGUGGCAGCGCAACCAACAGUGGAUGAUCAACGCGAAGCACCACAUGAGAAAAACGUUCAGGAAGCCACAGGUCGUCCUCAAUCUCAACCAAGUGCGAAGCCAGCCACGCGUGCAAGAGUUGGGUUUUCCGAAACCAUCGAAUUUAUCCCACGUCCAUUGUCGUUGGUAUCGACGGAUACAGCCAGUACAGUAACAGGCCGACCUGGGCAUUCAGUGUCCGGAAGUAUCUCCUCGAUUAUAUCCGCGACCAAUACAACAAGCGCAGACCGUGAUCCGCCGGCCCUUCUAGGGUCACCACGUUCGAGCAGCAAAUCUGGUUCUCGCCCAAGUACAGCAGGUCGCCCCAGUACAGCAGGUGCAGUGCUUGAACGUACUCCGAGCCUCCACAUUUUAACCGAAAACGCUCCAUCCCCUCGGAGGCGCAACUCUAUUCCGUUUUUGAAUGAGUUACUCGAAGGGAAGUCUUCUGAGCGCCCUGCGCCUAGUCCCAUAAAGACGCCAAAAAGAUGGUCAUUCUUCGGCCUAGAAUCGUUGGCCAGCGCUGGGUCGCCCACAAAAGCACGCCCCGUCAGUUCAAGUUCGUCGGUCUCUGCGCCGAGAAUGACUGAAGCUGUGGCCCCCUUGGUUGAGAAGAGCAUGAACGCAGACAAUGGCAACACCAGUGGCCCCGCGUCCCAAUCGGAAGGUCGAAAGGUUCCCGGAAAGAAAAAGCAGAAGAAGGUCAAGUCUUGGGCAGGCUCAAUUCUGACGCGCAAGUCGAAGUCACCAUCACAGAAGUCAAAGGCACGUCGCCGAUCUCAAACACCGCCUCUGCGUCGUAUGGCAAGGCAUGAGGACUCGGAUGAUGUUCUAGGACCUCGUAGUUCGUUCACUUCGCACAACCUAGGUGGGAAUGAUGUUCAUCCUUCCUCAGAUUCCGAGAUCACAAAGCCACGACGCACUCCAACUGACGACGAGGGGUCUUAUCCCAUGAUUGAUCUUGAUGCCGCACUAGGCCCCUUUAACACCCCGUCAUCUCGGGAUCCGCAAUGGGAAGAGGCGCAGAAGCCCGGCACUCAGCCUAAGCGGCAACUCCACAGUGCCGCAGGACUGAGAGGCUUCAGCGGUCCCGGAAUGCAUUACCAUCGCCGAGCCGAGAGUGCGCCUGAGAUGCCACCCUUCGAGGCUGGAAGAUUUGGUAUCCAUCGAUUUGGUAGCUCCUCUACGAUGGCCGACGUCUUUGAGGAGGACGAAGAAGAGGACGAUGACGACGAAGGCGCGAGUAGUCCGUCUGAAGAGUCUGCAAACGAUGAGAACGAUGAAGCAUCUGAUACUGAUGACGCCACCUCAACGCCCACACAAGAGCGCGAUCUCAGCUUACCGAUUGGGCCCGCCGACAGUCAGACUGCCGCGUCCGUAAAGCGAAAGGGCAGCGGCUCGAGCUUAGACAUGCAACCUCCUGGUUCCAAAGUGAGGACUGAGAACUCUUCCAACUCGCUGCACGAGCAUGUCAUUCUGGAAGAGGAGACCAGCCACAGCGCAUCUAAGAGCCGUGUCGUGUAUGCAGCUGGUGCAGAGGCUUUCGGCUCAGCUGCACCUUCGCCGCGCAGGGUCGUAAGCAACAAUGAUGUCGCUUCAAUCAAUGCAGACCCAGUGGCGCCCACUGCGGCCCUAUCGAUACCCGUCAGUCCAUAUUCGAUGAGCCAUGCCUCUUCGUUCCCAUCACCACGCUCGCCAGUGUCCUACGAUGCGCAACGGAUUUCUACGGCUCCGUCCUCCAUCACUGACGAAACCAAUUUUCAGUCAUUGUUAAUGGGAGAACCCGGGCCUGAAGUUGUGCGACUAUCGGUGGAUGUCCCUUCUCUAACGAGCAGCAAUUCAACUAUGACUCGAGACAGUACGUUUGCUCCAGGUGUUCGACCAAGGAACAUGCCUUUCCAUGAUCAACGGCCAGCUUCUUUCACGUCUACCGCUUUUGGGCGUCGUAGAUCCAGCUUGGCCAGUCUUAGCCGCUUGAUCAGUAGCGCCCACGGCGAAAGAAGCAAACUGAAUAUGGAGGUCCCUUGCGACAAUGAAUCGGAGAAAAAGGAGAAGUCGAGCAAGUCGAAGCGCUUGAGUCGCAUGAUGCAAUUUUGGAAGCCGAAAACGUCGACUGGGUCCUAG